UCUUCCCGAGACCUCCCCAAAGAACGUCUUCGAUCUUACAGUGCAUAUGUUUUAUUUUAUGAGAAGAAGGAGACCAGAGCUGUUGAUGUAACUGCGGCAGAAAAUGCAACUUGUCCACCAAUCAAUUUGCUUCUUGCUGUGGAAGAUGAGAACAUGCUAUUCCUCAAGGAACGCGAUUUGUUUUCCCCAUCUUAUGGCUACGCGCUUGCGAAGGCUGUAACAAAUUUCGUUUCCGAUAUGGAAUCUGAAGAAGAUCUCAAAAGUGAGGAGCACGUGAAAAUGGCUGUACUAGUGUUCAAGAUGUUCUUCGAUUACUGCCGGAACGCCUUGUGGCGGCUUUCAUACGAGUCGCGAGAGGUUCGUGUUUUUGAAAUGUCUGUGAAUGCAAUUCGUGGUCUCAUUCGUCUGUCAGCGGAUGUUCGGCAAGAAUUCUUCAAACUCAUUGCAGAGUCUAACUAUCAGCUGUUCUACACGAUGCUUUCGAGUCCUGAUGACGUUUGUAGUGCUUGGUGGCGUUUAGUAGGCGACGCUUUGUGCAGCUGGUUGGAAGAUUUUGAUGAGGAGCGGCUUCCAAAUUCUUCAGUGACACUACCUCAGGAUAUUGUCAAUCGAAUUGUCACACAGAUCAAGUAA